AUGUCUGGGGAGGCGAUGGAAAGCUAUCUCUACGCCGCUUACCAUCCCUACUACCGCUACCCGCCACCCAAGGGCAAGGGCGGGUCGGCGGGUGGCUGGCGGCCGCGGAGCAGCGGCUACUUCUCGGGCUACGGAGAGGCGGCAGCGGCCGCCGAAUACUUCGACAACUACCAGCGGGCGCAGCUGAAAGCCAUCCUCUCCCAGGUCAACCCCAACUUAACGCCGCGGCUUCGCAAGGCCAACACCAAGGAGGUGGGCGUGCAGGUGAACCCGCGGCAGGACGCCUCAGUGCAGUGCUCCCUCGGGCCCCGCACGCUCCUACGUCGCCGCCCAGGGCUCCCCAGCGGGCCGCGGCCCCGUGAGGCGGAGCAGGAGCAGGGCAGCCCCGCCACCACCAGCACCCGCGCUGUGCGCUUCCCUCGCACCAUCGCCGUCUACUCGCCCUUGGCGUCCCGCAGACUUACCGCUUUCCUGGAGGAGCCGGACCCGGAGUCGGAGCCGCGGCCGCAGGAGGAGACGGUGUCGGCGGCCGUCGAAGAGGAGCCAGCUGCGGAGCCAGCUGCGCUACGGGAGCAACGCGAGGCAGAGGCGGCUGCCGUGAGGGCCAGCUGGGAGAAGCCCGCCGAGGCCGGCGCCGAGCCUUUGGAGCAGCGCUCGGCCGAGCCGCAAGAGCAGCGCCCGGCCACCACCCCGGAGCCACCGGCGGCGGCGCCGGAGGAGAGCAAAGAGGAGGAGGCGGCAGGAGCGCAGGUGGAACCGUUGGCCGCCCCUCAGAAGCAGGAGCCGGCGGCGAGCAAGACCCGCCUGCGCUUUCAGUUCCUGGAGCAGAAGUACGGCUACUACCACUGCAAGGACUGCAACAUCCGCUGGGAGAGCGCCUACGUCUGGUGCGUCCAGGGCACCAACAAGGUCUAUUUUCGGCAGUUCUGCCGAACUUGCCAGAAAUCCUACAACCCGUACCGCGUGGAGGAUAUCAUCUGCCAGAGCUGCAAGCAGACGAGGUGCACCUGCCCGGUGAAGCUGCGCCACGUGGAUCCCAAGAGGCCCCACCGCCAGGACCUCUGCGGGAGGUGCAAAGGCAAACGUCUCUCCUGCGAUAGCACCUUCAGUUUCAAAUACAUCAUCUGA